AUAUCUGGUUUGAGUAUUUCAUAAUUGGUCAAAGGUCGUUUUGCUGUUCAGUGCCAUAGACUUAAUAUAUAUAUAUACUGUAGCAUUAUAGGUUUAUGUUCAGUGCAAUAAUUACAUAUACGGUAUACAUUUUUAUAAUAUUCAUCAAAUUUAUCAUCUAAGCACAUAAAAUGAGAUUACUAAGAAGUUUCGAAAUUUUAAGACUUAAUUUAGAUGCAACAAAAUUGUGUCGGCGAUAUGUUACUUAUAUACAAGGACAAGAACCUGAACCCAGAGUAAGGGAAUAUUUUUACUACAUUGAUCAUCAAGGUAUGCUAUUUCUAGAUGAUUCUAAGAUGAAGAACUUUACAUCCUGUUUUAAAGAAAAGAAAUUUUUAGAAUUUUUUUUCAAGAGGAUACGUCUGAACAAAACUGACAGAUAUAAAGAGUUCCCUUUUAUAUCUUUGUGCGGCAGAGAAAGAAAUUAUAUAAAAUGUGAUGAUGUGCCAAUUGUUUACACACAUAUUGUUACAAAGGAGGAUAAUUUAGAUUAUUUGUUAUUUGGGUAUGCUGGAGACCUACUUAAGACAGAGUUUAAGCCUGAAAAAGUGUAUAUGUUACCAGAAACUGGUAGAGUAUACCAUCCGGCUGAUAAUAAAUAUGGAGGAGUUGGGUUGAUAAGAUCGAAGUUAGCUAUUGAGUUGAGCAAACAUUUUACAUUUAAAAAUGGAGAGGAACAUCCCCCAACACACUUGGAGUGGAAAAAUAAUAAUUAUGAAUUAGACCAGGAAUGGUUCAAAAUGACAGUACAAGAGUAUGGGCUUAGCAUAAAAAAGGAACCUGAUUAAAUAGAAAAUGUCAAUAAAAAAGAUUCUGAAUAAUAGUACAGUAAAAAAGGCACAAUUUUAUUUAAUAGUCAUCAAUUUAUA